UUACCGCCGGCCAAAGCCGAGCCCAACCGAACCCAGCCGAGCCCAGCCGAACUCCGCGCCGCUCCCGCCGCCGCCGCCGCCCGAGUGCCGCCGAACGAGCGAGCUAGCGGCCCCGGCAGCGGAGGAGGCACCGCCCCAGGGGGAGGAGGUGCCGGCUCACCGCAGACCGCCAGCGGCAGAGGCCGCCCCGGUCGCCCCGCGGCGGGAGCGGCCGGCGGAGGCUGCGCGGCCGAGGGGGAGGGCUGGGGGAGUGGACGUCGCCCCUGCCUGUCUCCCACCGCCCCCCGCCCGCAGGCUCCCAAGCCUCAGUCUGCGCCGAGCAUCUCGCUGCCCCGGACCCUCCCGCGGGCGCGAACCGGGCUCAACUCAGGCUCAGGACUGCAGGUGGGCAUCUGCACCACCCAGGAAUCAUUAAGUGUGCGUGUGUGCACAGGACAGCCUCCUUGGAGAGCCGGCCCUACCAGAGUUCUGCCUCGGCAUGGGCCUUGUCAUCGAGGCAGCUCUGCUGUCUGCUUUGGUCUGAGGGUGCUGCCCGUCAUGGGGGCAGCCAUCUCCCAGGGGGCCCUCAUCGCCAUCGUCUGCAACGGCCUUGUAGGCUUCUUGCUGCUGCUGCUCUGGGUCAUUCUCUGCUGGGCCUGCCACUCUCGCUCUGCCGACGUCGAUUCUCUCUCUGAAUCCACUCCCAACUCCAGCCCUGGCCCCUGUCCUGAGAAGGCACCACCACCCCAGAAGCCUAGCCAUGAAGGCAGCUACCUGCUGCAGCCCUGAAGGCCCCUGGCCCACCCUGGAGCCUGGGACCUGAGUCUGCCCCACUCAGAGCCUGGAAUCAGGAUCCCAGAGUUCAGCCAGCCUGGGGUUCAGAACUCGAGUCCAGCCUGCUUGGAGCUAAACCCAACAGCCCAGAGUCUAGCCAACCUGACUCCAAGAGAGGCCCCAGGUGGUCUUAGAGAGACAGACCUGGAGUGGGAGUUCAGGAGUUGGUGCUAGAGCCAGGGCCAUCUGGACUCUGCUCCAUCCCAAGGGCCAAGGGCUGGGUUUACCUUUUCCCUAGGCUCAGCGCCUCCAGGCCCUCUAGGUUGGGGAAGCAAACUGGAACCCAUGGCAAUAAUGGGAGGGUGUCCAGGCCUGGCCCCUCCCCUGGUCCUCCCACUGUUUGCUGGAUAAUAAACAGAACUGUGGCUCUAC